AUGCGUGCUCCGGUGGUCUUGGGUCUCCUCUGGGCCUCCGUAGCGUUGGCGUCGCCGGUGAGCAGGCAGAGGCAGAAGCUGUUGCUGAUUUCGUUCGAUGGGUUUCGGUGGGAUUACGACCGCUAUGUGGACACCCCGAACCUGGACCAGAUGGUUAAAGACGGAGUGAAGGCUCAGUACGUCACUCCUCCGUACCUCACCAUCACCAGCCCCACGCACUUCACUCUGCUCACAGGUCUGUACGUGGAGAACCACGGAGUGAUUCACAACAUGUUCUUCGACCCGGUCACCUCGCAGAAGCUGCCGUACUAUCAGACCCAGUUCAAGAACGAGUGGUGGGACAACGGCCCUCUGCCCAUCUGGAUCACUGCACAGAGACAGGGUCUCAAAGCCGGCUCCCUGCACUUCCCCGGCACCGCGUCCACCUACAACGGAGAGAGCGCUUCAGUCCGAGAGGUGGAACCGAGCAUGUACAACUACAAGAACGAAACCGCCUGGAGAGAAAACACGGACAAGGUCAUGAGCUGGUUCAAAGACCAAGAUCUGGAUUUUGUCUCUAUGUAUUUCGGAGAACCGGAUGGAACUGGACAUCGCUACGGCCCAAACUCACCAGAAGUUCAUGAGAUGGUGAAGCAAGUCGAUCGUACGGUUGGAUACAUCCGGCAAACUGCUAAAAACUACGGUUUAGAAGAUCGGUUAAACAUCAUAAUCACAGCCGACCACGGGAUGACUCAAGUGGUCCAAAAUGGCCUUCAAGAAAUCACACUCUCUAAAAUUCCUGGGUUUUCCUUCCAAGAUGUGUCAUUUUAUUUGUUGGACUAUGGACCCAGUGGGAUGAUCCUGCCCAAACCGGGGAUGUUGGAAAAGGUUUACAACGCCUUAAAAGGGGCCAAUCCACAUCUGCACGUUUAUAAGAAAGAAGAGCUCCCUGAACGCAUGCACUUCACGAAGAGCGAGCGCAUUUUACCCAUCAUCCUCUGGGCUGACCCCGGAUAUGUCAUUAAUUCGCGGAUUGGUCUGUACGUGGAGAACCACGGAGUGAUUCACAACAUGUUCUUCGACCCGGUCACCUCGCAGAAGCUGCCGUACUAUCAGACCCAGUUCAAGAACGAGUGGUGGGACAACGGCCCUCUGCCCAUCUGGAUCACUGCACAGAGACAGGGUCUCAAAGCCGGCUCCCUGCACUUCCCCGGCACCGCGUCCACCUACAACGGAGAGAGCGCUUCAGUCCGAGAGGUGGAACCGAGCAUGUACAACUACAAGAACGAAACCGCCUGGAGAGAAAACACGGACAAGGUCAUGAGCUGGUUCAAAGACCAAGAUCUGGAUUUUGUCUCUAUGUAUUUCGGAGAACCGGAUGGAACUGGACAUCGCUACGGCCCAAACUCACCAGAAGUUCAUGAGAUGGUGAAGCAAGUCGAUCGUACGGUUGGAUACAUCCGGCAAACUGCUAAAAACUACGGUUUAGAAGAUCGGUUAAACAUCAUAAUCACAGCCGACCACGGGAUGACUCAAGUGGUCCAAAAUGGCCUUCAAGAAAUCACACUCUCUAAAAUUCCUGGGUUUUCCUUCCAAGAUGUGUCAUUUUAUUUGUUGGACUAUGGACCCAGUGGGAUGAUCCUGCCCAAACCGGGGAUGUUGGAAAAGGUUUACAACGCCUUAAAAGGGGCCAAUCCACAUCUGCACGUUUAUAAGAAAGAAGAGCUCCCUGAACGCAUGCACUUCACGAAGAGCGAGCGCAUUUUACCCAUCAUCCUCUGGGCUGACCCCGGAUAUGUCAUUAAUUCGUAUUUCCCGGUGCAGUUCCACAAAGGAGAACACGGCUUUGAUAACGCAGAGAUGGACAUGAAGGCCUUCUUCAGAGCUGUGGGACCAGCCUUCCACCAGAACCUGGAGGUGGGACCCUUCGAGACGGUCAACAUCUACCCACUCAUGUGCCACAUCCUGGGGAUAACACCCGAGAAGAACGACGGGUCUCUGGAGGUCACCAGACACAUGCUGAGGAGCGAGGGAGGAGGUGGGGGACUAAGAGCAGGACAAGUGAGAGCGGUGAACUACCUGAACAAAGCUCUGGUGGGUCUGGGGGCUAUGGGCGUGUUUCUGGUCAUAGUUGCGAUCCUGUUUCUGGCCAACAGGUACCUGAAGAAGAAAAAGAAGAGAUCACAAAAUAGGAGAGACGUAAGAGUCGAGGAGGAAGUAAAAGACGAGGACGAAGCAAAAUACAGCGGGGACGAAAGGGAUGACAAACAAACUGCCUUUUGA